AUGUCGCAAUCUUUAUACGGUAGUCUGCUGGAUCACACCGUGUGCAUGUCUGGGUGCUCUCGCCUUCAACAAGAACAACUCUAUCUUCGACAAGCUCUUGUCGACGAAGAACGUCAAGCGGAAAGAUUUAAUGUACUGGUAUGGAAAUUCGAGCGCCAGUUGUCGGUGGAAGCGUCCAACGAUCGUAUGAAAACGCUACGAAGGCAGCUCAGGAACCUCAACGUGAGAAAAGCUCAAUCGGAGAAAAUAAUCUCAUCCCUCUUGGAAAAGAUGAACCUCGUCAUGGAACAGCUGGAGGGGCUCCACAGCCCUACCUGGGGCAAAGCGUACUCAGAGUAUACUUUGAACACACCGUCGAGCGGUAUGACCACAGCAACCACAAUUCCUCACUGGUCGGUAAACCCUUCACCUCUCCUAGUCGGAACACCACAUUUCUGGAAACUGCCCACCACAGCAACCGCCCUGCCAUCGUCUAUCGUCCCGAGCUUCGUCUCUCCUGACCGAUUGCAAUGCAUUGACGAGCAACUUCCGGCCACAUCUAUUAUCCAAGCUAUAUCCUCUAUAAAGAAUUCAGAUUUGCUAUGGCAGGACUAUCCAUUUCCACAUUACGUAGCAAACCACCCGAGGAUGGAUACAGACAUGGUUAGCCCGACAGAUACGCUGUCUCCUUGCACUUUGGGUCCACUAACGCCAAUAUCAACCGAGAUGUUUUCCAUGGAUUCAAUUCCUGGAACGCAAGUGUUUGAUCUUGUCAAUGGCAUGAGGGCGAUAGGUUUUGAUCAAGAGCGAGAGCAUUUGCCGUCCGAUGACUUCUUCCCCAGCCAAGAACCGCAGCUCCAGCCCAUCAAGAGUCAAUAUACAGUCACACGACAAUUGAAUUUGCUUAGUGGGCAGAGUGCGGCAAUCAGGCUGGAGAGGGCAGCAAGGGCGAUUGAUAUGAAUAGCCGUCGUUCGAUCUAA